AUUGGUAAUUACUGAAUCGUGAAUAUUAUUCUUAUAAACGCUAUAAAAAGCGCUCUAUGGAGUCAAUUCCUUUACUAGGUGUUGGUCAUUUAAGAAGCAAUUUGUAUAUCUUGUGACAGAACUACCAAUAGCGUGAAGAUUUGAAGUCUACACAUUAGUAUUAAGAGGAUGAAGAAGCUAAUAUUAGUGUGUGUUUUACUCACACAUUUGGUGUUAGCGUUUUCCUACAAAUCUGAUGAUAAGAAAGUGUUGAGAGAAUUGGCGCAUGAUAUAGCUGGAGAGGAUCACGAAAAUUCUGAAAGUUACCAAGAGGAAAAAGAUCUUCCUGAGGAAAAUUCCGAUGAGAUAGAUGAUGCUUUUGAUGAUGUUAUCGAACAGGAUGAACAGAAGGGGAAGUUGAAAAACGAACCGUUGCCUUUCGGAAGGCGACGAAGACGUUGGAUUCGCAGACGACGUUCUUUCCGUAGAAGACGUUCGUUUCUUAGAAGACGUUCGUUUCUCAGAAGACGUUCGUUUCUCAGAAGACGUUCGUUUCUUAGAAGACGUUCUUUUCUCAGAAGACGUUCGUUUCUCAGAAGACGUUCGUUUCUCAGAAGACGUUCGUUCCUCAGAAGGCGUUCGUUUCUCAGGAGACGAUUACUUCGCAGAAGAGGAAGCUGGUUGACAAGAAGGAGACGUUGCUCCCAUGCUUUAACAAGACGAAGAACGGCUAAUUGCUACACGAAAAGUAACGGAUGUGGUGGAAAGGGAUCUAAUGUGCCAAUUCCUUACAAGAGUACAUUUAGAGAGUCAUGUAAUAAACAUGAUAUUUGUUACUACUGCGGACAAACGCAAGGCUGGAGCAGACGUUCUUGCGACAGUAGGAUGUACAGCGACUUUAAAAAAGUAUGUGGCUGUAAAUAUAAAGGCUUUAAAGCGUUUGGAAAAAUACCUUGCAAAACGGCAGCAUGGGGUAUGUACAGAGCUGUUAGAGCAUUUGGAAACAAAUACUAUCAAAAGCAAAGUCCAGCUUGGUGUAGAAAUCCAUGCGUUGUUGGAAGAGGAAGUCCAAAUCUUCCAUUGAAAUAACUUUUGUGUGUUGCAUUUUUGAUGUGGAAUAGUUUGUAGAAAGUUAAUAUGUUUGCAUUUUAUAACUUCUUAAAACGCACCAUUUUAUUUAACUUUUAUAACUUGAGGAUGAAGUUUCAGACUGGAAUAGAGACAAUAUAUGUCUUGGCUA